UCAAUAAAAUAAUUGAAUUUGUAAUAGUUGCUGAUGAAUUGUGUGAAUAUUUGAAAGUAAAAAAAAUGUUUGUUUACAUGAAUAUUUGUUAUUGCUCAUUAAAUUUACAUAUAUUGUAUAAUAUUGCUAGGAAGAGGACAGUCUUGUACUACACUCAUACUCCCAGUUCGGCGACACUUUUGGCGGCAGAAAAAAUAUUUUACCAGUUGCUAUGAGAACUUGGUUGUUACCGGAAAUGUUUCUCCUUCCUAGCCAAUCCUGAUGCAAGUUGUUAAUCAUGUGACAUGUGAGUGACGAAAUACUGAAUCCCUCGUGCCGGAAACCGAGAAUCACUGCCGAAGAUUAUGACACAUGAAAGUCACCGAUGGCAAGGAGCCUUGGUCGAAUAUUCAGGGGCCUUCAAAACUUCUGCUCACUCCCACGGAUGAAAACACAACUAAGUCACCCCUGUGCCAGCGUUUCAUUCAGGACCACGUUUGACAGGACCAUGGUGGCACUGCCAUCAUUUUUUUCCCCCAAGCCCCGGGACUUCAGCCUGCCUAACUCUUCAUGGGGAGAAGAAAUGAUGCGGUUGUAUGAGUAUUAUAACAGCCAAUGUAAAGCAGAGGCGGAGGGAGGAGAGGGCAAGGGAAACCAGUGGAGAAGAAUCCCAAGCUAUAAUCGGUCUCUCAAGUAUGCAACUGGUGGAGUGUAUCUUAGUAAAAUAAUCCAGGCAAAAGCUCGUCUUUUCACCCGGAACAUCAGGGAAGCUGGAGCAGCAUUCGAGUAUGUUCUUUUUAUCAACAAAGACGAACAAAAGUGUGUGUGCAUUUUCCAAGCUGGACAUCUGCUGGAGGGGCCUCCAGGACAUGUCCACGGGGGGGCAAUAGCCACCAUGAUUGACACUGUGACAGGAACACACAGCUCUCUGCUUUGUGCGCCGGUUAUGACCGCCAAUCUCAACAUCAACUACCGCAGCCCCAUCCCACUGGGAAGCACUGUGUUGAUUGAAUCCUUUCUGGACAAGAGGGAAGGCAGAAAGUUGUUUAUGUCCUGUAAAGUGACCAGCACUGAUGGUUCCAAAGUGCACACAGAGGCAACCGCACUGUUUGUAUCGAUAAAUAUCAGCCAUCUACUGCGAGGGUGACGCAGACAUGGCAGCCUGCCUUCUACCAUAAAUGCCAUCAACAUGCAGAGGCCAUAAGGAUCGUGUGUGGGGGAGUCUCAUUAGUCUGGAUUGUGUACAUAUUUUUCAAGUUAUCUUGAAGAAGGUUGACUAAUUUUGACAACGCUAACAUUUUGAUUUUAUGUUUGUAUAUCAUAACUAACAGUUUUAAGAAGGUUGACUUGACUACCUCUGCUUACUGUUACUAACACAUAGUACAACAGUACUUAUCUAAACUUUAUUUACUGAACAAAAUCCUCAAGGAUUAUUUAUUAAAACUUUCAUAAUACUAAUGGUAUUAUAUUACACCAGGGCCUUAAAGACAGGAGCUUUUGCUCAAUAUAUCCUGAACGUUUAUAUAUUGUAUUUCUUCAUCUUAAGCUUCACAUUAAGGUAUUACAUUCAAAAUGUAAGGAUGUGACUAUAAACGCAACAGAAACUGUACUGUAGACUUAAUGUUAGACUUAUCAGGUGUGUGGUUUUAAAGAUCAAAUCUUGAAUUACAUGAAUAUCUUCAAUCAUAAAUUUUUUUUUUUAUUGUUUAUUAAUUAAUAAAAUAAUAACUAUUUAAUUAUUUAUUCGAUAAAUAAAUAUGAUGGUCUAAAUCCAUCAGUAUGCAACAGCAGAUUAAGUAUUGUUAGGUGUAAUUGAGAGAUAGUAAUAUUGUUUUAUAAGAGCCAGUAAUAAGUACAAAAAAAAAAACUUUGGAUGGCAAAAUUUUAUUUUUGUUGCAUGCCAGCUAAUGAGCUCGAGUGUCGUGCUUCCUGUAUUACACAUAUUACGCAUUUUAGUUUUGAUUUUCAGGUGUGGGUUGUUGACUGUUCCUCCACCAUUUGUUGAAUGUGGUUACAUUUUAAUGUGAAGUGUAGCUCUUAUUGCCAUGGGUAUAUCAUGACUUGCAGUGGAAAAACAACUUCAAACCCUAAAUAAUUGUGAUAGCAGCUGUUUGUUCACUUCAGCACUUUGAACAUUUGUUCAUAAGAAAUGACUGUAGCACGCCACAUUGUGCAGUAAUAAGUAACAUGUCACAGAGAUCUGUGCUGCUCUGACAUCUGCUGUAGACCACGAUGCUUAAAACGAAUUCUCACGAUGUAAACCUGAUUUCUUUCCAUUCUUUUUUAAAAGCUACAUGUUAGUACAAUGCUCUUAAACAAGCAAAAGAGAAGAAAAAAGAGAGAGAGAAGAAAAAAAUGGCUGUGGAACAGUUAUAAAAAGAGACCAAAAUUUAAAACUGUUUUAAAGUUUCAUUAAAGAGAAUGUGGUUUGUUAUAAGUCUGCUAUUAAAAAAAAGUGUUUAAUUGUUUUAAUCUAGCAAAAACACACUGUUCAGUCACCAACAACUAAAAGCAAAACCUUCAUGCUAAACAUGUGAAAUAGCUUUACUGUAAUUUAUGUGGUAGAAUCAUAUGUUGAUUGAAACUGAUUAUUCUGCCACACUGAAGAACAAAAAUAAAAAUGUAUGUGUUGACAUUAAAUUUCCUUCUUUUCAGCUGUUUGUUUGUUACAUCUAUGAACUAUGUGUGAUUUAAAUUGACUCAAUUAUGUCAUGUUCAGCUCUCUAUUGUAUAAUAUUACUGAUUUCUGUGUUUUUAUGUCAAGAUGACAAACUUCUAUUUAAUAGCAGAUGCUGCUGAGUGAAUUUUUCUUUAGCAAUUAAUGGUCACAGCCAUAUCAGCUCCACACCCAUUUUACUGCUUUUAACUUCAGUUCUCACACAUUUUGGUCUGUGUGGUUUCUCAGUAUAUGAGUUUAACACAGUACAGGCCUGGUGGUCCUUUGAGGGCCCCUCACAUCUUUAACCUCAGUAAAAUACGGUUAGAAAUUCUACCUAGGUUUUUUUUUUUUUUUUUUUUAACUUUGGUGUGUGUGGAAGAGUGCAGGACAAAUGAACACCAACAUCCCCCCCCCCCCCGGAAGACUCAUGUGGUCAAGUUAAAUUUGAGGAAGUGGGUGGGGGCUUCCACUUUCAGUUAAACCACCUGCAGCAAGCUUUGUCCACUGCAGCAUUUCAGGGCUGUGAUGAUUUAAUGUAAGGGAGUAAC